UUGCCAAGUUUGAUUUCUUUCGAGUUACAAAAUUUCAAAACAAACAUGUUGGGUGGUAUAAAAAGCCUCAUUGACGCUUCUUUUCCUAUAGCAAAUUUGUCUCCAAUGAAAGGUGAUACAUUUGUCCAGAAAAUGGACGAAGCAGUCGUACUCCCGACUCUUAUUCUAGAGGAUGCAGUUGGGUUUGAGGGACUACGUGUUGCACCAUACGUCGAGGAUAUCGUGGAUAGUGGGUAUGACGCCAUACAUGAAAAUGAGGGUGCUAGAGCUAGUGAUGAUGAGUCAUCCUACAAACACGAUCCUAUAUCUGAUGGAUUUUAUACACCAAUCAAUACCUCGAUGGGUGUGGUCAUUGAAGAUUUUAAUGUUCCUGAUAUUAUUGACAAGGUGGCAGAUGCAGAUAAUAAGCUAGCGGACAUUCCCAUUUUAUCUGACACCAUUAAGUUAUUUGACAUUGUCGCUAUGGUCAAGACGGAGCACCUGGUUUCACCGAGAGUAACUGCAUAUGCUAUGUGCCCUGUCUCAUAUUUCCAUCACUUUGCUGCACGAGCCAAGGUGGUUGAAGAUUCAAAGAGUAGACUGCUCCUUUGGUUUAGCAUUAUCUCUCCGGUUCAGAAGCACGAGUGGGAGCCUCCACCUUGAGGACAAGAACUUUAGAGGUAGUCCUGGAUCAGACGGUACCAAAUUCAUCCGGGGUAUGUAAACUUUUUCGGCCACUCGAUUUCCCGAAACCACAAUAGCACCAAUAAUAGUCUUUCACAUCUCGUCAACAAUUAAUAUUGUACCAUUACACAAUCCAGAUGUUUGGUCAAUGUUCCUCAGUAACAUAAUUGGUACCCCUUUUUUUAAAACUAUCUUGUGGUUUGGGAUUCCCAAACAUUUGAUUUCAUUCAAAAACUCAACUGUUAUCCAGUCGCCAUCAACACCUACAUUUGAAUCUGCUUGGCAUGAUGAAUCAGAACUCAAGUACACCAUUUCAUCUCCGGGAAUGAGGGAUACAAAUUCAUUUACCAUUUCUACAACUUCGAGCGUGGGUGCUAGUAGUGCCAUGUCUUCAAAAAAAGAAUAACUUCUCAUAUUCUCCAAUAAGUUCGGAUAAGUAAAGUCCACUAUACUUUUGUGGGGUGAGCUGUUAUCUAUAAUCAAAAAUUCGAGAGGAAUUUCAACGUCAGUAGUUCCAUCAAUCACUUGUCCAAGCUUUCCAUCUCCAACUUUGAUUAUCCAAUCAGAAAAAUCUUGCGUGUCUCUAUCAGAAAAAUCUUGCGUGUCUCUAUCCAACUUAAAAUUUGAUUUAUAUAUGACCUAAUAUAAAUCGCAAAAAGAAAACUCACAGCAAUAAGGGUAGAAAAUCUAGAGAUUUGAACCGGAAGAUUCGAAAGAAGAACAAAUUUCGCACAGACUAAUCAUCAUAAGAAGGAAAGAAGACCAAUCAUCCCAAAAACAAUUAUGAUUUUUUUAAAAAAAGGGAAAGUUACCUAUUCUUGGUACCGAUCGUUGGAAUCUCCAUGAAGAAGAACCGUGAAGAAGGAAAGAGAUGAAUUCCAAUCACAUAUUCUCUAAAAUCUCGCGGUGGAGCAAUUUGAAGAUGAAUAUCGCAGGGAGGUGCAAUCGA